AUGGCCAUCUCCGGCUUCCUCUUCCUCUCAUGGCGCAUCUUCGAGCUCGUCAUCACCGUCCCUAUCGUCGGCAUGCUGGCCUGGUUCGUCCACCAAUACGUCAAGGUCAACCAGCUCACGCCCAACUACAUCCUCAUUCUGUUCAUCGUCUCGGUGCUGGCGCUGGCAUGGAUCGUCUUCACCCUCAUCGCGUACCUGCGCGCGAGGCAUGAUGCGAUCUUCGUCGCCCUCAUCGACUUGGGCUUCGUCGGGGCGUUCAUCGGCGGUGUGGUGGUGAUGCGAUUCAUUGCAGGUCAGGAUUGCGGGAAUUUGAAUGCGGGAGUGACGACGAGUGGAAGUUACUUUAACUGGGGUGUAAACAAGACUUGCGCGAUGUUGAAGGCGAGCUUUGCGCUGGGGAUAAUCGACAUCAUUGCGUUCUUUGUCACUUUUAUCCUCGCUCUCCUCGUACACCGCCACCACAAGAACGACGACCGCACGACUGUGAAGCGCGAGUACCGCUCUUCAGGAUCGCACAACCGACGACGAUCCGGCAGCCGCGACUACCGCGGCAGCAGGGACUACAACCGUCCGAGAAGCUCUGGGAGGAGUCAUCACUCGAGCAGCCGGAGGCACAACAACUAUUACGUGUAG